CCGCCCCCUUACACCUGCCCUCAUUUAUAGCUGAGACGCACACACACCUGCAGCACACACAGUUCACUUACAGAUCACACUUCACACCUCAGCCAGACUCUCGGCAGACUCUCAGGCUCUCAGACCUUCUGUAGACCUUCUGUAGACUCUCAGACCUUCAGUAGACCUUCAGUAGACCUUCAAUAGACUCCCGGACUCUCAGUAGACUCUCUGCAGACUAAGGAUGACCAGCACGGCAGCAGAGCUGGCCCGGAUGAACGCCCGGCAGGAGGACGGCGCCGGCAGCCAGGCCAACGCCGUCCCCUUCAACAAGCAGGACUUUGAGCAGCUGCGGAGGGAGUGUCUGCAGACCGGCUCGCUGUUCUGUGACCCGGCCUUCCCCGCAGGCUGGGACUCUCUGGGGUACAACCAGCUGGGACGCUACUCCUCCAAAACCACCGGAGUGGUGUGGAAACGACCCACGGAGCUGUGUUCUGAUCCUCAGUUCAUCUUUGAUGGAGCUAACAGGACGGACAUCUGUCAGGGGGAGCUGGGUGACUGCUGGCUGCUCGCUGCCAUCGCCUCUCUGACCCUGGACCCUGAGAUCCUGAACAGAGUGGUUCCUCCUGGGCAGAGCUUCAGCUCAGAGUACGCCGGCAUCUUCCACUUCCAGCUGUGGCAGUACGGGCAGUGGGUGGACGUGGUGGUGGACGACCGGCUGCCGACCAGAGAUGGGAAGCUGCUGUUCGUCCACUCAGCUGAGGGAGCAGAGUUCUGGAGCGCCCUGCUGGAAAAAGCUUACGCCAAGGUGAACAGCUCGUACGAGGCCCUGACCGGAGGAUCCAGUAUCGAGGGUUUUGAGGAUUUCACCGGAGGGAUCGCAGAGAGCUACGACCUGAAGGAGGCUCCGCCCUUCCUGUUCAACAUCAUGAGGAAGGCUCUGAAGCUCGGCUCGCUGCUCGGCUGCUCCAUCGACAUUUCCAGCGCGUAUGAGACGGAGGCCAUCACCAGUCAGAAGCUGGUUAAAGGUCACGCCUACUCCAUCACUGCAGCUCAGCAGGUUCAGCACUUUGGUUCUCCGGUGGAGCUGCUGAGGAUCAGGAACCCCUGGGGUCAGGUGGAGUGGACCGGAGCCUGGAGCGAUGAUUCAAAGGAGUGGGACGGAGUUGAGCCGGAGGACAGGAAGAAGCUGGAUCACUCUGCUGAUGACGGAGAGUUCUGGAUGUCCUAUGCUGAUUUCCUGCGUCAGUUUUCCCGCCUCGACAUCUGUAACCUGACACCCGACACCCUGAACAGCGAUGAGGUCGGCCGCUGGAGCUACGGCGAGUUCGAAGGCGCCUGGAGGGUCGGCUCCACCGCCGGGGGCUGCAGGAACUACCCGGCCACAUUCUGCUCCAACCCUCAAUUCUUCAUCCGUCUGGAGGACGUGGACGACGACCCCCACGACGGCGAGGACGGCUGCACUGUGCUGAUCGGUCUGAUGCAGAAGGACGCUCGAAGGGAGAGACGCUUCGGACGAGACCUCAACACCAUCGGAUUCUCCAUCUACGAGGUUCCUGACGAGUAUAAAGGUCACAGUAACGUCCACCUGGGCCCGGACAUCCUGCUAAGGAAGCCGGCUGUGGCUCGCAGUCACAACUUCAUCAACCUGCGGGAGGUGUGCGACCGCUUCAAGCUGCCGCCCGGAGAGUACGUCAUCAUCCCCUCCACCUUCGAACCGCACCGCAAAGGAAGCUUCAUCCUGAGGGUGUUCACAGAGAAACAGGCCCACACCAGUCCGAUGGAGGAGGACGUCAACGCCGACAUCCAGGAGCCGGAGGUGGGGCAGAGCGACGUGGAUCCUCACUUCAAACAUCUCUUCGUCCAGAUCGCUGGAAAUGACUCUGAAAUUUCCGCCUUUGAGCUCCAGCAGAUUUUGGACAAAGUGAUUUCUCAGAGAUCUGACGUGAAAACAGACGGCUUCAGUCUGCAGACCUGCCGCCACAUCAUCAGCCUGCUGGACAUGGACGGCAGCAGCAAACUGGGUCUGCUGGAGUUUCACGCUCUGUGGAUAAAGAUGCAGAGAUACCUGGAGAUCUUUAAGAGUCACGACUCGGACGCUUCUGGUACGAUGAGCAGUCACGAGAUGAGAGCAGCGCUCGCUGAAGCUGGUUUCCAGGUGAACAGCGCUGUGAUUCAGGAGAUCGUUGGUCGAUACGCCGACACAAGUUACGCCAUCGACUUCGACUGUUUCAUCAGCUGCCUGGUUCGUCUGGAGAUGCUCUUCAAGAUGUUCAGGACUCUGGACCCGAAGAACCAGGGGAAGAUCCAAUUGGACCUGCAGCAGUGGCUCUGCCUCGCCAUCAACUGACAGCCAGCCGCUCCAGGUGCAUGCUGGGAGUUGUCUCCAGUCCAGGACAGACAGCAGCUAUUGGUUCUUGAUGAAAACUUGUUGAAAUAAAAGUGUGUUGUGUUGAUCAU